UGUAAUUCUCUGGAAGUAUCCCUGGAAUGUUGAGCUGGACCGCCCCAACUGUGAUGUAACAAUGUAGCCUCCUUGGAGUGGAAUUUCAGUCUCAUCCAUUUGAUGUUUCUGGAGUACCAGGAAAACCUCCUGUGGUGAAGUGUCACAUGGCAUGGCUUACUUCUACACUCUGCACAACCACCCCUGGGAGUUAUGUCAGAAGUUCAGAAGCAGAAAUGAAAAUUUGGAGGUGGGCACUGUGGGCAGUACUCCUCUCUGGUUAUGUCUGUCAUGCUUCUCCAAAAAGAGGGGACUUGGAGGAGCUGCAGUCGCUAAGUUCAAUGGCUGUCACAUACAGUUCCCCCUGCAGCGCCACCUGUGGGCUGGGCAUCCGUGUUCAGAAGCUGUGCCCUGUGGGGGGCCCGGGGAAGUGUUAUGAGCGGCAGGUGAAGUGCCUGGACACCUGGCAGUGUGGCAUGAAAACACUCACAGUCCCAGCAGGGGGCCACAUCAAGCUGGACUGCCUGGGAAAGGUGAUGAGAGCCAUGGGCCGUUUCUCCUUCGCCGUGUCCUGGCGGUUUGCUCGUGGCAUAGUCACGACAGACAACUCACUCUUCUCACGUCUGGCAGUACCCCAGUUAGCACAGCUCACACUGGACCCAUUGCAGGAACAACAUGCAGGCACCUACCGCUGCGAUGUGCUGGACAAAGGCCAUAAACGCCUCAAACGCACCUUCUACGGCCUCAAGGUCCUGCCCCCAGAGCUGCUCCGCCUGGACUUCACCAGUGCUCUGCAUAAAUGGGACGAGGUCUCCGUCUCGACCAACAGCAGCCAGACAUCAGUGCUGUCCAGCAGUGGUGUGAAAGACCCUCUGUUAAUCAGCCUCACAGUCACUGCAGCCACAGCAGUCCUCCUCCUCCUGCUGUUCCUCUUGGACCUCUACAGGAGAAGGCCAGCAGGGCCCACGGCCAAGACGACUCGGCAGAACAGUCACCCGCACAGAAAUCUCACCUGCAAAGAUUUUGAGGAGCAGAUGGGUCCAGGACCACUUUCAGUCAUAGAGAACCUCAUACGCAAUGCAACCUCCAACACAAUAGUCAUCAAUGGCACAGAAAAUCAAAGCCUACUGUAG